ACGCUGGCUGCUACCCACCUCACUCUCGUCAGAGGCAGAGCUACAGGCAGUGCCUUCGGCUCUGAGCUCAGGCAUCCUAAGCGCUUUUUUUUUUCAGUUAAGGACUCUCAACGACUGUGUUGUGUGGAUCAAGUUCUUCUCAACCUCCCUGUUUGAACUCUUCUGCCACAAAUGUCAGCAUGGUGGUAACUGCCGUACAUUUGUCCCAUGACAGGGCAGAGAUGAAAAUCCUAGAAAUCAACCAGGAAUUGCGCUCCCAGCUGGCAGAGAGCCAACAGCAGUUCAAAGACCUCAAAGAGAAAUUUCUUAUAAGUCAAGCUACUGCCUACUCUCUGGCUAAACAACUUAAGAAAUACAAGUGUGAAGAGGACAAAGACAUCAUCGACUCUGUGCUGAGGGAUGAAGUGCAGUUCAUAGAGGAGAAGCUGGCAGAGAAGCUCAAGCAAGCUGAGGAGCUCAGGCAAUAUAAAGCCCUGGUUCACUCUCAGGCAAAAGAGCUGACCCAGUUACGGGAGAAGUUACGGGAAAGGAGAGACGCCUCCCGGUCACUGAAUAAGCAUUUCAAGGCCCUCCUCACUCCUGAUGACCCUAACAAGUCCCAGGGUCAGGACCUCCGAGAGCAGCUGGCUGAGGGGUGCAGGCUGGCAGAGCGUCUUGUCAACAAGCUCAGCCCAGAAAAUGAUGAAGAUGAAGAUGAAGAUGAAGAUGUUACAGAUGAGGACACUGAGAACAUACAGGAAUCACCUGCUCCCAGGGAGGUGCAGAAGGCUGAGGAAAAGGAAUUCCCUCAGGACUUACUGGAGGAAUGUGCUGUCAUUUGUUCAAGCAGCUACGGCGCUUCUGACUGCAGCCAGCCUCACAGGAGUGCCAAAGUCACAUUUGAGGGAAACAAAGUCGACUCUGCUCUGCCUGUAGACAGCGAAUGCUCUCAGGAUGAAGGGGAGGAAGCUCCAAACAUUCUCCCAGGAAAUCAAAAUGAUCAUGAGGAAGAGGAGGGAAAAGUACCAAUGCCCCCCAGGAACGGACAAUCAGUUGAGCCAGGUGAACUGACCAAACUCAGGGAUUUCCUGAUCUCACCUGAUGUCUGCCUCUUUGGCAUUAUCACCAUGUUUACAAUGUUUAUCUUCUGUCUUCUUUCCUCCAGGCUGAGCUGGGAGCUGCCAGAGGUGAAGGAGCAGGAAGUCCCAGAGGACUGCUUGGAUGAAAUUUACUUGACUCCUACAGUUCACCAUGACCUGUCUGACUGCCACCAGCCUUAUAGCAGCACCUUGUCCUCACUGGAUGAUCAGCUCGCAUGCUCUGCUCUGGAUGUAGCCUCUCCCACCCAGGAGGCCUGUCCCCAGGGGACUUGCAGUGGAGACUGGAGCUACCACUUGGCAGAGGUGCAGGCUUCACAGACACAGCUGGAGCCAAGCACCCGGAUGACCAAUUGUCUGCAACUACAGCUGGAUCAAGGGAUCGACUUCGGGAAUGGCUUAGCCAGGCAGGGCCUUUCCUCCACCACCUGCAGCUUCACAGCCAAUGCUGAUCCUGGGACCCAAUGUCCCUUUCAAGAGCUGGUUUUAGAGCCCUCCGCUGGGAUGAAGAACCCUCCGCAGCUGGAAGACGAUGCACUUGAAGGCUCAGCAGACAACACACAAGGACGUCAAGUCAUUGGCCAUAUUGACCACUCAAGUGUCCUAAAACCAAAGAGUAUUAAAAGAAAACUCCCGUUCAGCAAGUACCAAAUACUGCUGGAAAGAUGCAAAGAAUGA